AUGGCUCUUCAUCAGGUUGACCCCCUUGUUCAAGACUUCAUCAAUGUUGUCAAUGGAAGAAAGGGAUGGAAGAAGAAUUUCGAGACGGCCAUCACAACUGCCCGCGAGCGCGCCGAGGAGGACAUGAACCGUCAAGAAAUCUACAAUCUGCCCGAUUUCUUCCGUUACGUCAAUGACUUCCUGCACUGGGUGCCAAGGGUCGACGGCCCCGGGGACGAGGUCCUCCAAAAGCUGUGCGUCUUCUACUGGGUCUUUGAGCAGCCCAGCGUCCGCGACUAUCAAAGCGAGCUGGAUCCCGACAACACCAGCGGCCCUUUGACCUUCAUGUCCUACUGGCUUGUCAACUACGCCCAACAAAUGGGGAGCUUCCUGGAUCGUCCGGAAUCCCUCACGACGGAGACCCUGGAGACAUUCUACAAGAAUCCCAAAUACAACGACGGGGCGUCUCAAUGGCUCGAGCCGCGCGGCGGCUGGAAGUCGUUUAACCAAUUCUUCGCCCGGCAUCUGAAACCUGGAUCUCGGCCCAUCGCCGCGCCGAACAAUUCCAAGGUCAUUGUCAUGCCGGCAGAUUCCACCUUUGAUAACUGGGCGAACAUUGUAAACGGCGUCGUCACUUUCCCCGACGGCACGGCUGAAGUCAAGCUCAAGGGAAUCUCUUGGAAGGUGAGCGACUUGCUGCAGGACAGCGACUACAGGGACCGCUUUCAGAACGGCGUAUUCAUGCACUCGUUCCUCUCGACGAAUGACUAUCAUCGGCAACAUGCUUCUGUGGGUGGAAAGGUGCUCGAGGUCAAGAACAUACAGGGCCAGGUUUACCUCGAGGUUGACGUUUCGUCCGAGAGGGGAGGGGGCCUGGUGCCAAUUAGGCCGUUGCCGCUGCCUCGGCGGCGAUCGGGGCCGGGAUCAGGGCCGGAAAGGGGUAUUGUCCCUCCAGACCGCGCUGGAUACCAGUGGUGCCAGACACGCGGCCUUGUUGUGAUUGACGGCGGUGACGUUGGCUUUGUUGCUAUAUUGCCGAUUGGCAUGGCGCAGGUCUCGUCCGUCGUCAUGACGGCUCAAGUGGGCACUACCUUGGCCAAGGGCGAUGAGAUAUCGUACUUUCAGUUUGGCGGAUCCGACGUGGUCGUCGUCUUUGAGAAACAUGUCACGUUUGUCGAGAAUCCGUCGCGUCGGCAUUUCAAGAUGGGCGAGAAAAUUGCCACGUUUAAUUGA